AGGGGAGGGCAGGCAUCAGCCUCAGAAGAAGGGCUGGAGGCCUCCAGAGCAGCGGGAGCCCCGGCCACGCACCCAGGCUGUCCACAGUCCGCUCCGCCGCCGCCAGGGAUUCAGCACCUUGGAGAGUUCCCCGCUUCCCAGAGGCAGAGCACGGGCUCCCUGCGCUGUCUAAAAAGAUGGAACAUAGAAGUAGCUCUCAGCUUCUUGUGUCCAUUACACUCUUCAGCGUUCUCUGUUCACGGGCACUGACAUUACCUCCUUUGGGGACAUUCUCAGCUAUGAGACUGGGAAACAGAAUGCCAUUUGAUGGAGCAAAUGAACCUGAUCAACCCCAAGGUUCAUUAAAAGCUGAAACUGACAUUUUGCAAAAUACUCUGCCUGAACAUGACAAAUAUUAUUUGGAUGCAUCCAGAGCUAUGGAUAGAAAUACCCGACAUGCUGAUGGACUUUUCACCAGUGGCUACAGCAAACUCUUGGGUCAACUUUCUGCAAGAAAAUAUCUGGAAUCACUUAUUGGAAAGCGAGUUAGCAACAACCUCCUGGAUGAACAGAUGCCUGUAAAACGCCACUCUGAUGCUGUGUUUACUGACAACUACAGUCGUUUUAGAAAGCAAAUGGCUGUGAAAAAAUAUUUAAACUCAGUUUUAACUGGAAAAAGAAGCCAAGAAGAGCUAAACCCCGCCAACCUUCAUGAUGAAGCAGAACUGCUUGAACCCUUUUCAGAAAACUAUGAUGAUGUUUCUGUAGAUGAGUUGCUGAACCGCCUCCCAUUGAACCUCUGAAGGACAUCUGGUAAAAGCUAUGACAAGAACAAACUUUUUUUUUGAUUUCCACAUAAUAUUUCAAAGAAAAAACUUCAGUAUUCAAACCAAAACCAAUAUAUCGUGAAGUGAAAAUUGUGAUACUUUUGUUUCUUAUAUAAUAAAAUUUGAUGUUUACACUGUAAAUAUUAAUUUAGAAUCCUCUACCUAAAGCUGUACAUAUGUAUGCUAUCUAACUCAUGGAAAAUAUGUGAUUUCAUAUGCUGUAAAUCCUUUACGUCAAUAAAUUCAUUUGAAAAAGUGGA